AUGGCGUUCAAGAACUCCAUUCGGCACAACCUGUCGCUUAACAAGUGCUUCAUGAAGGUCCCGCGGCAGAAGGACGAGCCUGGCAAGGGGGGCUUUUGGCAGAUCGACCCACAGUACUCUGACAUGUUUGUCAACGGGGUCUUCAAAAGGAGACGCAUGCCGGCCACGCAUUUCAACACUCAGCGGCAAAGCAAGAUGUCUCCCAUUCCGGAAGUUUCCUACAGCCCCCCAGCCAACGGUUACCCCCAGCAGCCGGUUGGAGGGCAGGCGUCGGUGACGGCCCUGCCUCACAUGUCCGGAGCUCAGCACGUCCACCACAACCAGCUGAGCGUCUACAGCCCACCAGUAGAGGCACACCGGUUGGGCAGCAAGCGCAAGCAGCCCUCGCCCAAGAGGAGUGCAAAGGUGGCCCGGGGCUCCAAGUCUCCACUGCUGGCCCCCGAGGUCAAGGAAAUGGAAGCCCUCAAGGGGGAUUUCGACUGGGCGUCCAUUUUCGACGACGUCUUCAACAGCAAUGGCAGCAACUUUGAGGACUUGGACAUUAACGCUGCCCUCAGCUCUCUGGGCUGUGAUCUGGACCUUACCGUGCAGGGACGCCACAUCAGUCCGGCUGCCAAGUGGUGCGGCAGCAACAGCAGUGUGGGCGCCGGCGGGGCAGAGCAGCAGUGUGGCUUCAGCGAGCUUAGCGGUGCUCCUGCCCCCUCGGCCAACGCUGGCUUAUUCCAGUAUGUGCCCCAGCAUUUUGAGGAAUUCACGUUCUUCCCGGACGCUCAGCAGCGCCACCCAUGGGAGGAGGUCAAGGAGGAGGCGCAGGCCAUGAAUGUGAGUUUCGAGCAGAACUUUAAUUUCUGUGAGAGCUUCUACAACGAGCUGCAGCACUGGGAGCGCGUCGAAACCUACCUGUGACACCCCCCUGUCACCUCGAUCUCCUUGGCAGGGACUCAGACUGAAGUUUUGCUAUAUUAGCAUCUUACGCUGUGUUGCUCCAGUUUAUUUUCACGUGGAUUUUUUUUGUACCUGCAAAUCUAUGGAGGCCUUCUGAUCUGAUGACCCCCAACGCCCACCCCCCCGCGGACUUUUGAGGUCCAGCAGCUGACGAUGAUAUUAAAAAACACCUACAACUGGCCUGUCACAAAGCCAGAGUGCCUGUCACAUGCACUUGACACUUUGAGAAUGUGGCGGGGGUGACA